GACUCAUUCCUUGAAGGACAAUUAAUUCCGUUUUGCCACUGAUCGUCAGCAAAGCGGAGUAAAUCCAACAAUAUGAAUGUGUGACUGAUGACAGAUCAAAUGAUGCCUCAAAAAUCAGUUGAUACUAGACAAAGCAUGCAUCAUAGGGUGCUGAUAGCUGCAUUCGUUGUAUUUGCUCAAGACCUGAACAGCAGAGGAGGAGUACAGGCAUGGACCUACAACUACAGCAACAGUCCAAACCGAAGAUGGUUUGAUGCCAGCCAGUGGUGCAAGCAGCACUUCACAGGCAUGGUGGCCAUAGAGAACCAGAAGGAGAAUGACUUUCUCAACAAUCUGCUGCCGUUUCACCCAAAAUAUUACUGGAUUGGAGUUCGGAAAGUGGAUAUAGGGUGGGUCUGGGAUCGAAGCGGUAAGAAAGUGCCGGAGGAGAAUCAGAAUUGGGCACCAGGGGAGCCAGACAACCUAUCGGGUCAGGACUGUGUGGAGAUGUACAUUAAGAGGGAUAAAGACACCGCCAAGUGGAACAAUGAGAACUGUCGCAAGAAGAAGGGAACCAUCUGCUACAGUGCCUCUUGUAGACAGGAUUCCUGCAGUAUCCAUGCAGAUUGUGUUGAGACCAUAGGGAACUACACCUGCCAGUGUCAUCCUGGUUUCCUGGGCUUACACUGUGAAGAGGCAAUCGCAUGCAAACCCCUGCUUGACCCAGAACAAGGUUCUCACAACUGUUUCCAUCCCUAUGGGUCCAAUCGUUUCAACUCUUCCUGCCAUUUCCACUGUGAACUUGGCUUUCAGUUAGUGGGUGCGCCACAACUGCUAUGCCAAGCCAGUGGACACUGGAACCACCCUGUUCCUCUGUGUCAAGUUGAACAGUGUCCAGUUCUAAACCACACCAACAUCAGUGCAGGUAGUAUGAACUGCAGCCACCCCAUUGCACCCUACAGCUACAACUCCACCUGUGAGGUCAGAUGUGAUGAAGGCUAUGAGCUUAGUGGACAAGAGCAGAUACAUUGUGACCACACAGGACAGUGGACAGCCAGUGUCCCAGCAUGUACAGUGAAAAAGUGCUCCCCCAUUUUCUUUCCUGUUGAUGACAACAUGACCUGUGUGGACACCCUGGAGCCUUUCUCCUUUGGCUCACAGUGUAACUUCACCUGCCAGGAAGGCUUCUACCUGAGUGGAGACGACGCACUCACCUGUCUGGCCUCAGGGCAAUGGGACAAACCCACACCUACAUGCAAAGUGGUACAGUGUAACAGUUUAAAGGCUCCACCCCAUGUCUCCAUGCAAUGCCAGGACCCUCUAGGAGUGUACAGCUAUGGCUCAACAUGCGCCAUGCAAUGUGAAGAAGGUUUCAAACUGAUUGGUGCAAACAUGACGAAAUGUUCAUCACUGGGCAACUGGAGUCAUGCACUUCCUGUUUGCCAAGCUAAGAGAUGUGAUCCAAUAAAUUCCACUCAUGGCUCCAUGUCCUGUUUUGACCCAAAUGGUUACUUCAGUUUUGGUUCUCGGUGCACAACAACCUGUGACAAGGGCUUUAUACUGAAUGGGACAGCUAGCACUGAGUGCAACUCCAUGGGCAUGUGGAGUGCAGAUAUACCAUCUUGCCUGGCUAAAAGAUGUCCCACUCUGAACUCUCCCUCUCAUGGGUCUUUAUCCUGCUCUGAUCCUCAUAAAGCGUUCAGUUUUGGUUCCCGGUGCACAUCAACCUGUGAGGAGGGAUUUGUCCUGAAUGGGGUGGCUGACACAGAGUGCACCUCUCUGGGCACGUGGAGCAGAGACAUCCCUCGCUGCUUAGCUAAGAGAUGUCCCACUCUGAGCUCUCCCUCUCAUGGCUCCUUAGUCUGCUCUAAUCCUCAUGGAGAGCUCAGUUUUGGUUCUCGGUGUAAUACAACAUGUGAAGAGGGCUUUCUCCGGAAUGGGACGGCAGACACAGACUGCACUUCUCUGGGCACGUGGAGCGCAGACAUCCCACGUUGCUUGGCUAAGAGAUGUCCCACCCUGAACUCUCCCCCUCAUGGUUACCUAUUCUGCUCUGAUCCUCAUGAAGCAUUCAGUUUUGGUUCUCUGUGUAAUGUAACAUGUGAGAAAGGUUUUCUCCUGAAUGGGCCGGCAGACACGGACUGCACCUCUCUGGGCACAUGGAGCACAGACAUCCCACGUUGCUUGGCUAAAAGAUGUCCCACUCUGAACUCUCCCUCUCAUGGUUCUUUAUCCUGCUCUGAUCCUCAUAAAGCGUUCAGUUUUGGUUCCCGGUGCACAUCAACCUGUGAGGCGGGAUUUGUCCUGAAUGGAGUGGCUGACACAGAGUGCACCUCUGAGGGCCAGUGGAGCACAGACAUCCCACGUUGCUUAGCUAAGAGAUGUCCCACUCUGAACGUAUCCUCUCAUAGCACCUUAGCCUGCUCCAAUCCUCAUGGAGAGUUCAGUUUUGGUUCUGAGUGCACAUCAACCUGUAUGGAGGGUUUCAUCCUGAAUGGCACUGCUGACACUCAGUGCACCUCUCUGGGCAUGUGGAGCAGAGAAAUACCCCAUUGUCUGGCACACCCAUGCCCCCUACUGGCCAAGCCUCCACAACAUGGAAGGAUGAACUGCAGCCAUCCAUACUCCCCUUUCAGCUAUGGCUCCCACUGUGACAUUGAAUGUAAUAAGGGUUUCAGGCUAAGAGGAACUUCAAGUAUGACAUGCAACAACUCAGGCCACUGGAGUCAGGAUCUUCCCACCUGCCAGCCUGUACAGUGCAAGGCCAUUCAUGUCGUGUAUUUGCCCCUGUCUGUGAACUGCUCCCAUCCUCUGGGGAACUUCAGCUUUGGCUCCAAGUGUCUUUUCACCUGUGGGGAGGGAUUCUCCCUGAAUGGCACAGAGGUGCUGUAUUGCUCCUCCACUGGGUUUUGGAGUGACCGUCUGCCUAACUGCACAGUGAAUGGUAUGCCGUUGGGGACUGCCAUGCUGAUGUAUGCAGGUGUAGGAGCAGCCUCUGUUGUUGUGCCACUCGCCCUGAUAGGACUUGCUUUGUUGAUUAUGACACGAUUUAAGAAAAAAGGAAAUAAGGUUAGGUCUGAUGCACCAGCAUGGGGAGCCAGAGAGAAUCCAGCAUUUGAAUUUUGAUUUUUUUGUUGUUUUCUAAGACUUGAUUUUUGCAGCAAAUCAUUUCAAACACUGCAACAUAAUGCUUGCUAUUAUUAUAUAUAGAUUCCUAUUGUGUGAUACUGGUACCAAAGGAUUACAGAGGGAUUAGAACUUCAAUCAUAUCAAAUAAUAAUCAACAUUUUACAUGAAAACCUUCACCUUUUGUUUUUAAAGAACCCAAAUCAUGAUACACAAUUGAUGCAUGAUAUAUUACAUAAAGUAACAUUUGUGUGGAGUUUUUUCUGCUGCUUGUAUAAUGCUUAAUUUUCAAUAAAAACAUAUCUUCAUAUCAA